UUAGGGGUAGAACAUCAUAAAUGUGUUCGAUGUGUUCCACUUGGUCUGUGGUAUAUCCCCCAAAAAAUGUUUCCUUUAAGGAUAACUGGGUCUGGGUUCUUAUGGGUUAAUAAAACAAUGGACAUGUAACAAAUUGUAUUUUUUAUGCUGAAAAAGCUCCUGAAUCUUGUCGUUGGGUUUCUGCACCCUGACAUCUCCGCCUGCAGCCCGGACUCUGCAGGUCCCUCCUGCAGUGGCCUCUCGGGCGGGGCUCCCGAGUCCCUAUAAGAGAGCAGCAGGUCCGGUCUGUGGAGGGAGAAUCUCCUGUGGACCCGCUGACACCCUCUACUCCUCCAGUCCUGAUCCGCCGCCUCCUGCCGGGACCUCCGCCCCCCUGUACCGGGACCAGCACCAUGGAUAGCUCCGGGAUGCUCCGCGGGCUGCUGUUCGUUGGCCUGCUGUCCGUCACCUGUCACGGCCAGGCGUCACAGGAAGUCUCCGCAGAGGACUUUGGAGCGGACAAACCCGAGCCGGCCGCGGACAGAGACCUGAUUGAAGCUCUGGAGGCUCUGCUGGGCAGGAUGCACAACAGGGUUUCCUCCACUGAGAAAAGAGGAAGCAUCCCACUGUGUGGGAUGGGCGACCGCUGUGCCAUGAAGUUCGGGCCUCGCAUCGGGAAGCUGUGUGACUGCGGCAGAGGAGCAAACUGCAACUCAUACCUGCUCAAGUGCAUCUGAAGCUAUGAGGACUUUUUCUUUAUUCCCACAAACACAGCCUCGUUUCUGCAGGACCAAACAUCCUUUAACAACCUCCGCAGGCUUCCAUAAACUGACUGACUCUCUUGUUACUGUCGGCCUCUAAUAUCAUAAUUUAUAUCCGUUAUGCAUCGGUGUUGUUCUGGCAGCUGCUGCCUGAAGAUAAGCAUGGAUUUUGUAUUGCUGACAGUCCUGAUAAUGUACUGUAGCAUGUAAAUGUUCAAUAAACAUAUU